GUCAGUCCGGCACCGGAGACAGAAGCUGAGAGGAGGACCCGAGGAGAUGGGACACUAUUUUUUUUCGACCGCGGUGUCGUCUCUUUUUGUGACUUAAAGAUAAACUCGUCUCUUUUUUUUAAUUGUCCUGUAAUUUAUUUUUCAUUAUUUUUGGCAGAGCCCCCCCCCCCCAAUAAAAAAGAAAGAAAGGGAGAAGUGGUGUCGGUCCCUGUCCCCGGGGCGGAUGUUAUUCCCUGGAUGGUCCCCGCGGGCUGUUUGCCCCCGGACGCGACAACAGUGUGUGGAGAAGUAGCUCGGUGCGUUACGACGCAUGGCGCCAACGAAGACGCACGACGCGCUGGAUGCGUGGUGAAGCAUGGUGGCGAAGAUGGUUAAGAAGCACUUAAUGGGGCCACUGUCAUGGGGCCGGGUCAAACGGCCGAGUGUAAUGGGAACAGGAGUCCUUUAUCUGCUGCUGCUCUCAACCUGCCUUGGCCAAGACACAGAAGAUUGGCAAUACGAGGAAUGUAAACUGUCCCGGUCGGGUCCUCCAGCUACCAUCGUUGCCAUAGACGAAGAGAGCCCCAACGGAACGUUGUUGGUGGAGAACAUGCAAAUAAAUGGCGUGGCAGAGGGGCCGGAUCGUACCAUCUCUCUCUCGCUUCGGGAUAACCACGACUACUGGGUGAUUCUUGACCCUUCCAAACAAGCCCUUUAUCUCAACAGCACCGGGCGGGUUCUGGAUCGAGAUCCUCCCUCAUAUAUCCACUCCAUUGUGGUUCAGGUGCAAUGUACCAACGAGCUGAUAGGCACAGUGAUUUUGCACGAGGUCCGCAUCGUUGUCCGAGACCGCAACGACAAUGCCCCGCGUUUCCAGCAGCCAAGAUACUAUGUCGCUGUCAGUGAGCUGACGCCAGUAGGAACCACUAUCUUCUCUGGUUUCUGGGGAAACAAUGGGGCGGCAGACAUCGAUGACGGUCCCAACGGACAGAUAGAGUACACGAUCCAGUACAACCCAAAGGACACGACAGCCAACAGAACCUUUGACAUCCCCCUGACACUGUUUGGCUCCGUCGUACUGAGAGAAAGACUCAACUAUGAGGAGAUAACGCGGUACCUGGUCAUCAUACAGGCCAACGAUCGAGCCCCCUACCCCAGCGAGCGCCGCACGGCCACCACCACUCUGACUGUGGACGUGCUGGACGGCGAUGACUUGGGUCCCAUGUUUCUACCGUGCACGCUUGUGGGAAACACCCGCGACUGCAGUCCCAUCACGUACAGGGCCAUUGUACUGGAGCUGACCGAGCCGAAUAAGGUGAAUCCCCUCAAUGUGACUCCCCCCAUACAAGCUGUGGACCAAGACCGAAACAUCCAACCUCCCUCCGACAGACCAGGAAUCUCAUACUCAAUCCUCAUCGGCAAACCCCAGUCCUACGCAGAAUAUUUCAGCCUAAACAGAACCACAGCGGAGCUCCUGCUGCUGAAGCCCAUCGACAGAGAACUCUACCGCAGAUUUGAUCUGGUUAUCAAGGCAGAACAGAACAAUGGCCACCCCCUGCCGGCUUUCGCCAACCUCCAAAUUGAAGUUCUGGAUGAAAACAACCAGGCACCCUACUUCGUGGAAACAGGUUACCAUGGCUAUGUUAAUGAAGCAUCACCAGUGGGAACCACGAUAGCGACCAGCGUCAGCCUGUCCGCACCACUGGCCAUCAUCGCUCUGGAUAAUGAUGUGGAGGAGACAAGGGAUCCUCAGCUCCAGUUCUCAUUGGACAGCUAUUCUAAUGUAUUCUCUGUGUCUGCUACUGGAAUCAGAAGAUACCUCACGCUGGUGCAGCCACUGGACAGAGAGACACAAGACUCCUACACAUUCACGCUUUUAGCAUCAGACGGUGUCCAGCAGAGCAGUCCGGUUACCGUGACGAUAACGGUGCUGGACGCAAAUGACAACACCCCCACUUUUGCGAACGUCUCGUAUAAUGUCAACCUGUUUACUGAUAUGAUGCCUGGAGAAACUGUCUUACAGCUGUCAGCAGUGGAUUCUGAUGCAGGUCCAAAUGGUAGAGUCACAUACCGGAUCUUGGCUGGUGACCAGAACAACUUUCUUAUUGGAAACAGUACUGGGGUCAUUAGUGUGGCAUCGGGUGUUGAGCUCACCGUGGGGCGGAGCUACGCUUUGACUGUCGAAGCCGUGGACAAUGGGCCUGUACCUCAUAGAAGGUCAUCCAUCACUACCGUCUACAUCGAAGUGUUGCCCCCCAACAACCAGAGCCCUCCCCGUUUCCCCCUGCAACAAUACAACCUGGAGAUCAGCGAAGCCAUGAGGACUGGAGCAACGCUACUUAAUCUGCAGGCAGUGGAUCGGGAGAGGGACAAUAUCACUUACAAAAUCUAUAGUGGAGACGCCCAUGGACAUUUUGCACUACAGGAAAAUUCAGGGUAUUUGGUUCUGGACAAGCCUCUGGACCGGGAGUCUCUGGAUUAUUAUACCCUGGUGGUCACAGCCUCAGACGGACAGCCAGAUGGAACCUCCACUGCGAUGGUGAACAUUGUGGUGACGGACGUCAAUGACAAUGAUCCGCUGUUCGAUUCUUCACUGCCGGUGAACCUCACCGUCACCGAAGAGCAGGAUAAUGCCUAUGUUGGACAAGUCAAGGCUACAGACCCAGAUCUGGGGGCAAGUGGUCAGGUCCAUUAUCGGCUCGUCAACCACCAGAAGCUCUUUUCCAUCAACGCCACCGGAGCGAUCAGAACCACUUCGCCGCUGGACCGAGAGGAGCAAGGUCACUACUCUCUGAUCGUUGAAGCCUGCGAUGGUGCAGUGGACCCCCGGCGAUCCCGACUAACACUGUCUGUCACUGUUCUGGACGUGGACGACAAUAGCCCCGUAUUCACACAACAAACCUACAAUGUCAACCUGCCAGAGAACAGCCCCAAAGAUUCAGUCAUUUUACAUUUAAAGGCGAUCGAUGCCGACAUCGACUCGAACAUCACAUACCAAAUCAGAGGCCAAGGCCUGGACCGGGGGAUCGCUCAGCUAUUCCACCUCGACCCGGAGACCGGGGAGCUUUCGGUUCUGAAGGUCCUGGACUACGAGGCGCUGACUGACCCGGAGCCCACUUACAUGUUCACCGUGGAGGCCUUGGAUAGGGAGGGGACCAUGCCUCCUGGACUGGCCUCCGUUACUGUCAGAAUAAUGGACAUGAAUGACUUUGCUCCGGUAUUCAGACGGCCAGUGUACCGAGGCAUGGUCGCCCCGAACGCCGUCAAGGGAACCAUUGUGACAACAGUGAUGGCCAAUGACUCUGACCCCGCGGGAACCCCAGCAGGUCUGGUGCGCUAUAAAGUGGACCAGGAAGCGCAUCCAUACUCAGCCAGUAUAUUUGAUGUAGAGGAACAGACAGGACAUGUGGUUACAAGAGUAAACCUUAAUGAGGAGCCCAACCUCAAGUUCAGUCUGGUGGUGGUGGCCUAUGAUGACGGUGAGCCUGUAAAGGAGAACACAACUCUGGUAGAGAUCACGGUCCUUCAGCCCUCUGUCAUUCCUGUGUUCACCCAGGAAGAAUACAGGCUUCCACCAGUGAGCGAGGAAGCUGAUGUUGGAACCCCGGUGGGAGUCAUUGUGGCAGCUGCUGUCAAUCAAACUAUCGUGUACUCCAUCAUCGAAGGCAACGAGGGAGGGGCGUUCGCGUUAAAUGAAACAACCGGAGUCAUUUCCACCGCCAGGCCGCUGGACUACGAGGCCAACUCCAGCUACGUUCUGAAGGUAGAAGCCGACUCCAUGAGGCUGGUGUCCUCAAACCUCCGAGCUCCGUCAAAGACUAACACAGCAAGGGUGGUGAUUGACAUCCAGGAUGAGAACGACCACCCACCGGUUUUCACCACGUCUCUUUACAUUGGAGGAGUCGCAGAAGAUGCCAAAACCUUCACGUCAGUCUUGCAAGUACAGGCUCUGGACAAAGACACUGGUAACUACAGUUCAAUGAUGUACCGGCUCAUCAUCCCUCCUCAGGCCGGUAAAGACACGAAAGACAGCAAAGACGGCUUUGUGAUCGAGCCGUACAGCGGCGUAGUGAAGACGGCGAUCAUGUACCGCAACAUGAGGAGGUCGUAUUUUAAGUUUGUGGUGGUCGCCACGGACAACUAUGGUCAAGGACACAGCAGCAAGGCAGAGAUAGUGGUGUCAGUCGUGAACCAGCUGGACAUGCAGGUGGUCGUAUCAAAUGUCCCCCCAACGUAUGUGGAGAAAAACAAAGACAAGCUGCUCAGCAUUUUGGAACGCUACGUCCAGGAUCAGAUACCUGGAGCAAAGGUUGUCGUGGAAACCAACGGGCCCCAUCGCCACGGUGAUGGAAUGGAGCAGGAAGACUACACCAAGUCGGACCUCAUGAUUUACGCCAUUGACCCUCUGACAAACAGAGCCGUAUCUAGACAGGAGCUCUACAAGUUUCUCGAUGGUAAACUCUUGGACAUCAACAAAGAGUUCCAGCCCUUCCUCCCUCCUGGUGGACGGAUUCUGGAGAUCCGAACCCCGGAAGUGGUGACCAGCGUGAAGAAAGCUGCACAGACUGUGGGCUACACAGAGGGGGCGCUGUUGGCUCUGGCAGUUAUUAUCAUCAUCUGCUGUGUCCCUGCCAUACUGAUCGUUAUCAUCACCUACAGACAAUUCAAAGAGCGCCAGGCAGAGUGUGCCAAAACUGCCCGCAUCCAGAUGGCACUGCCAACAGGCAAACCUGGGGGAGGCACUGCCAACAACCUGUAUGAAGAGCUGGGUGACAACGCCAUACAAAACCGGUCAAACCACAGUGUUGGGGGGAGUGGCGGCAGUUUGGAUGAAAGUGAUCGCCAACGUCUGAUCUCAGAUUUUGCGACCCGUGCAAUUGCUGCCCAUCGGCAGUGUGUUGCUAAUGGAGGGGUGCUUAACAACCUGCCCAAGUCUGAGUCCAACAUCACUUUUCUCUCUGAUGAAAACCCCCUGACCAUCAAAAACCCCAUCUACCACGAGGAUGGGACUUUGAGUAGUCCAGAGACUCUUGGAAGAAGCCAGAGAAGAAGGGACCUUCUUGGGAAUUUCUCCCCUUCCAGGAAAGGCCUCCGAGAAGCCUGGCUGAGGCUCAGCUCUUCUGGGGGUGAUGUGGGCUUUGGUGGUUACAGUGGCAGUGACAGUGUAUGGGGAUCUGGGGGUGGACACAGCUGGACUCUCCCAUCAAGAUUACAUCGAAGAGAGAUGUAUGAGGCCUUGAGGCGCCAAGUGGUCAUGGACCCGGUGCAGUGGGAGUUGGAGCUUCUCAAGGCUGAAUUCAAGGAGAGUAAAGAUGCCGGCCUUGAUUCAGGUUUUGACCGUGGGUUGGACUCAGACCUGAUGGGGAGUCCGAGUCUGGAACCGAAGCUGACGGUCAAAGAACAAGCCAGACAGUUUGAGCAACAGGCACUCCAGGAAAUGAGACAAAGGCAAAACAGAGAUUCACGAGGGUCUUUGUCACCUGAUUUUCUGCUCUCCGUUUUCCCAGAGUCUCCUCAGCAUCACACGCAAACCCCCACGCACAAUGUCCAAAUCAUUCAGACCAAAGAUGGUCCCCCGAGUAUCAUCGUCACCCAAAGUGACGGAGGAACUCCUCCACCAAGUCACAAGCCAACUCCUCCUGUGCUGCGGCGCUUUGGGGGAAACUUAACAGCAAAUCAGAGUGUGGAAGAGCGACUUCAGGUCCAUUUAGAGGUGAUCCCUGAUCCUCCUUCAACUCCUCCACCACCUCCACCACCACCAUCCCCACCGCCUCCACCACCACCAUCCCCGCCGCCUCCACCACCUCCCACAUCUGCUCCUCUCCCUCCGACAUCUCCUCCUCCGCACCACCCUGCCUCCCCUCCUCCUCCGCCUCCUGCUUCAUCCCACUCCAACCAGACGGAAAACCAGGCACCUCCUCCUCCCCCACCUCUCCCUCCCCCGCCCCCACCCCCACCUCUCCCUCCCCCUUUGUCACCCUCGCGCCUGCGUCCAUCCACCUUUGUCCUCCCGUCCCUUUCUGAGGCUCCAGCUCUGCGGCCCGUGUCCCUUCGACCGCCACCGAAGCCUCUUCCUGUGGAGCCCGAACCUCCAACAAAAGAGCGGAAAGGAAUCUUGAAGAAUAUCCAAAACCUUGCGGAGAUCGAGAAGUCUGUGGCCAACAUGUUCAGCCAGAUAGAUCAGAAGCAAAUCCCGCUCAAGAAGGUCAUGAAGAGCCGGGCCUCCAUGGAUUCUCUUGAUUCUCUCGACUGCUUAGAUGCGUUAGCAGCCGCAGGUGGUGGAGGGGAGGGAGGAGAGGGAGGAAGAGAAGAAACUGGAGGAGGUGGAGGCUCCUCCCCUCCUCCAACUCCCCAGAUUCAGCCCAACCCAAACAUGAACUCCAUCGUGGUAGAACUUGAGAAACGAUUCCCCUCGCAGUCGACGAUGCUCUAGCCUUUGUCUGAAUGCUAUGGAAAGCACAAAGUGGGGCAUUUCUUAACUCUGUUGCAUAGUUCCCGCCGAGCUGUCGAGGGACUGAUGCUCGGAAUAGCUCAGUGGGAUGUUUUGAUGAUUUCUUCGAACAUGACUUCAUGUUUUUUACAUAAAGAAAGAAGAACUAGGCCUAAUACAAACUCUAUGGGUAGAACAAAAAUGUUUCUCAUCUCAAAUGAUGGUACAUGUCGCAAACAGAGAAGGGGAGAAGGUGAAACAGCCGAGAAGGUCACAUCCUACUUACAGUAAAUCUAAUAAAGCACAGUCAUUUGGUAGCUAGAAGGGGCUACUUGAUUGUUACCAGAAGAUGGAAGGACUAAAGGAGUGGUUAAAACACAAGGGAGAAAUGAUGAUCAGGUUAAUUGGCCCUCGUUUCAGUGAACCUGAACCACUAUGAGGAAUUCAAAAGCCUGGCUCCAACUAUAUCGUCACAGCAAUAGUUUGGGAGGCUUACUCAUUAUCUGCCUUGGCCAUUAUUUCGGUUUCCCCCCCCCAAAAAACAUUUGUACGGCUUGUUCUUUAAUUACCAUGGAGGGCAAUUGACUUAAACAACUGUAGAUGGGAGCUGUGCAUUUAAGAGUUUAGAAGAGGUUAAAUCUUCCCCGGUAGACUUUCACUUUGAUACAGUCAUUAGCAUUUCACGUCCUGGCCAAGUAAUUGAGGUUCUCGUCAACAACCAAUUAUGAUCAAUCAGUCAGCGUCUAUCAGGAUGGGAUGUGGCACGACUCAGUUGAUGGGCCCCACUCGCCGGCUGAUUACACGUUUAGGAGGUGGCUUAAACUUUAUCUUCUGGACCUCCAAAGUCGUUAAUUGAAGACGCAGCGGGUGUGAAGAGGAAAAUCAAUCACGAGGAGUGAAGAACAUUGUUAAACCUGCCAACUUGGAAUGAACUGUGUUCAACAGGGAUUCCAUGUAUUUGCUUUGCAUGGAUACGUUUUGCCACAGGACGUGAUCCAUGUCACAUUGACCUCCACCUCCAUUUCAUUCAUUAAUAUCCCCUGUUACUGUACAUAGUUAUCAAGUGCUGUAACAAAUACUCUAAGUUCACAUAUUCUUUUCUCUGUACAAUUACAUAUGUUUCUAUCAGUAGUCGUCUAUCUGCAAACUUGUUUCCAUAUUUGUUAUCAACUAAUUCAUCAAUUUGAGUCAAAGCAAAACGUGUCAAUACCUAUAGACAACAGUGUUUUCAGUUUUUCUCAUACGUUUGUCUUUCUGUUGUUCUCAUUCUGUCGUCCGUUAACGCUCAUUUUCUAUAAUUUCUUUAGUUCAUUUUUUUCUUUUCCCCUUGGACCCACAUUGUCUUUGCAUUCAUAAUGGUCCUCCAUUGUCUUUUAAUAUUCCACAAAGCAUGUGAGUGUGAUGUUGUUUUUUUUAAGAUAACAAAAUAAUGUUAAAUAUACUGUAGGUGGCUGCAGAGUUGCAGCGAAAUUAUUUCUAAGACCAGAUUUAGGUAGAGUCAUAUUUUUAUUCACAAGAUGUGCUAAAUUUUUAUUAUAUCCUUUUUUCUAUAGGGUUCUGUUGUCAUUGUGCAGGUACUUAUUGGGAAAUGAUUAAUAUUUAAAAAAAAAAGCCACAAACCAGAUUUUCAAUAAAAGGUCAAAUGUGUGGUGCUAUCUAAGUGUACAGGAUUAAUUGAUGCUCUCUGCCUCGGGGCUGUAAUAUGAAUCAGUAGAGGUUUGCCCCUUUAGAUACCCUAAAUGUCCCCUAUCCUAUGUUAGCACAUGCCUCAGAGAGAUCCGAAGUCGCACCAUGCGCAUGUGCAAAGUCGCACAUCUACAGGCUGACAAUGACGACAUCUGUGCAGUUGCUCGCUCCGGAUGCAACUGUGCCAGGGGAGUAUGCAGAGGUAGCCACGUACAGUACACAGUCCCCUACAUCUGCAGCAUAUUAAUGAGAAAAUAUAAUGCUUCGCUCACCUCACAUAUAAGAUACUGUCUUUUAUGAAGGUCGCACAGCCACAUCAGGUCAAGAGGAAUUUAUUCACCCACAGUUUUAUAUUGGCUGGUUCGCUAUGCGUCCAAGGUGCUUCAUUUUAGACCAAAUGUCUUACUAACAUAAAAUACGCUGAAGUUACUUUAUUAUUUAAAGGCUUGCCACCUCCAAGUCCGUCACUGGAGCUCAGUGGCUCUCCGAGGUGAGCACUUUGUUUUUAUGUAGACGGAUUCAUUUCAAGUACUUGAGCCUCAUGUGCAAAUCUUUGCAAAAAUAUAAAUGCUAAUAAUAAUCAAAACGUUUACGACACAGAAUCAUCUGAAAAUGUCAAGUGACGAGUAAUGUUAUUACAGAUCAAGUAGCAGUGCACUUAAUAUAUGGUAUAAUG